AUGCUCCAUUGUGGAAAAAUUAAUCGAACAGAUAUUCAAUAUGAUUAUCUACAGAAGAUCUAUUUGGAAAAGGGUUGGGCGUGGUGGUUAAAUCAUAUCGGCACAUUUGUUGUAUUUAUUAUUGGCUUUUUGGGAAACAUGCUAUGUCUCGUAUUUCUGUGUCGGCGGCCUUUCAUAAGAAAUUCCUACACACAGUACUUAAUUGCACUAGCGAUUGUUGACACAGGCGCAAUCUCUUCUGAAACCCUUGUCGCAUUUGAUAGUUUUAUUCAAUAUCAAAGUAACGGAAAACAAACACUGUUCCAACAUACAGCUCUCUCAUGUAAAUUAUACUACUAUGUACGAUUUAUUUUAUACUCUAUGAGUUCAUGGAUCGUUGUUGUCUUAGCUGUUGAACGACUAGUCGCUAUCAAGUAUCCUCUCUGGUCAAAAUAUAUCUGUAGCGUUACCAAUGCGCGUCGAAUAAUUUGCCUGAUGUUUUUAUUCACCAUGAGUAUACAAUCGUAUCAAUUAUUUGUGAAAGGUAUUGAUUGUUCUGUGGCAAUAACAUCGACGCAGAUAUGUCGAUGUAAAACUCUACCAGCGUUCAUCGAAGUCGAUAUAUUUUUCACCAUUUAUUUCUGGCGUCUAUUUCUCAUGACAUUGAUUCCGCUGAUCAUUAUCAUUACCGUCAAUGUUCUGAUUAUGAAUAAGUUAUUUCACAAAAAUUCGUUUAUGGAUUGCCGAAACCGAGUUGAUCACACUCACCGGAAAGCGGUUUUACGUUACCGAAUAUCGCGAAUGUUAGUUAUUGUUUCUUCCAUCUAUCUUCUCCUUCACGUGCCCGGCUCCACCUUAGAAAUCAUCAAAUCAAUAUUCGGACAUGCGCUAAAGCUAUGUCGACCGAAAUGGAAUUAUUACAUUCACAUUACUCAACACAUCUUCGAUCUAUUAACGAACUGUAACUACGGAAUCAAUUUUUAUUUGUACAUUAUCAGUAGUAAACAUAUUCGAAGUGCACUAUUACACGGACCAGGUAUAUUUCAUUUCGCACCAUUCAAAUAUCGCAGCAGUUCUCAGCGAUCGAAACAUUUUAUCUCGUCGUAUAUUUACUCGUCGCGACGAAGUCGAGCCACUACGCUUAAUAAGGGCCUUGUUCGAGGCGAAACAAUAUCAUCUAUAUGA